AUGGCUAAAUUUAGAGGGUCUUAUAUAUUGUUGGCUCUCUUUGUAGUGCUCAUUGCCAUGGAAGCUUCUGUUGUUUUUGGCCAAGCCAAGGGCAAUGGAAGCGCCAAUGGGAAAAAUGGAAAUAAUGCUGAUGUUACAAACUACCAGGUAUUGCCACCACUUGCAACCGGACAAGAGAGAUGCAUGUGUAAGGCUCAGGGUGCCUGUUUCUACAAGACCCUUGUGUGUCCACCGGAGUGCCCUCAGAGAAAGCCUAAGCAGAACAAGAAACACAAGGGCUGCUUCGUCAACUGCGGCAGCAAGUGUGAAGUCACCUGCAAGUUUAGAAGAGCCAACUGUAAUGGGUAUGGUUCUCUCUGCUACGAUCCUCGAUUUGUUGGAGGAGAUGGUGUUAUGUUCUACUUCCAUGGAGCCAAGGGAGGAAACUUUGCCAUUGUUUCGGACGAUAACCUCCAGAUCAACGCACACUUCAUUGGAACUCGACCACUAGGAAGGACUCGCGACUUCACAUGGGUUCAAGCCCUCUCCAUCAUGUUCGACAAUCACAACCUUGUCAUUGCAGCCAAGAGGGUCUCAAAGUGGGAUGACAAAGUUGAUGCUCUCAUCGUAAGGUGGGAUGGUGAGUCAGUUAGCAUUCCUACUGAUGGAGAAGCCGAAUGGAGGACUAACGGUGAUGAGGAACGACAGGUAAUCGUGGAAAGAACCGAUGACACUAACAGCGUACGAGUUACAGUGGCAGGGCUACUGGAAAUGGACAUAAAGAUUAGGCCUAUUGGAGAAGAAGAAAACAAGGUUCAUAAGUAUCAAAUACCCGCUGAUGAUACUUUUGCUCACUUGGAAACACAGUUCAGAUUUUCGAACUUAUCUGAACUAGUGGAAGGAGUUCUGGGUAAGACUUACAGGCCAGGUUAUGUUAGUCCAGUCAAGGUUGGAGUUCCGAUGCCAAUGAUGGGUGGGGAGGACAAGUACAGGACUCCUUCACUAUCCUCACCUCUCUGCAAGGUUUGCAGAUUCCAAACUAGUCAAUCUGCAGUGUUUGAAAAUACAAGUGGAGGAGUGGCAUCAUACUGA